AUGUCGGACAACGAGGAACCCACUUCAAGAUUUAUUGACCAAUACAAAAACCAUGGGCGAACGGACUCGGUGCUACAAGAGGAGCGACGACAGCGUUUGCUGGAGAAGCAAAAAGCAUCCCGCGAGCUGGAAGUCGAUGCAGCACGACUGGGACUUUUGGACGAAAUUGAAUCAGACCUGCACGAUGAAUCAAUGGAAUACCAGCAGAAUCGUUACGAACAGCGUACUAAGAAACGGUUCAGAGCCUUUACUUCGAAGCUGUUUGCCAACAAGGUGCAGCUGUCGGAAUGGAUGCAUGAACGACCGUCCGAUUUAGAGAACUGGCUCGUGCGACCAUGCCCCGUUGGACAGCGUUGCUUGUUGGUUUUCCGCAAACGCAUGGCCGUGGCAUUUAACAAACGAGGGCGUUCGAUAGUUUCCGUACGAACAAAGCUCAAUUUGCGUGCAAAAGCGAUCGUGCUCGACAGCAUCCUUUCCAACGAUCGUACGUUUUAUAUCCUUGACGCUCUAGCGCUUGGACAGAUUGACCUAGUCAACUGUGAAUGUCAGUUCCGGUUCGCGUGGAUUGAAUCAAAGUUUCACGAAGACAAGCUAGGGGAACAAUUCAAUGCUAAAAACGCGAAUAGUACGAAGAGUUUUCGAUUGAGCAUGUUGCCGUCGUUCGAUUUGGGUAACCCGGAAUCUAUGCACAGCUGCUGGGAGAGCUAUCCGGCCUUCACCAACGACACACCGCGGCUUGAUGGAUACCUGUUCUAUCACAAAGAGUCUUUCUACGUGUACGGGCAGACUCCGCUAGUGGUUUGGCUGUUCCCGUUUAUGCUGAACGACGUAAUAAAGCUCCCCCCGGGGUUGGUCAAUGAACGGUAUCUCUCGAAAAAACCAGCGACCUACACUGGAAACUACGCAGAGUACAUCAAAGAGUUUGAUCGCCAGCUGGAGUUUCGCAAACGGAAUCGUCGUAAUAAAACCGGAACGCAACGGAUGGAAACAACGAACGAGUCUCUGGAUAGUCAACCGGACGAUUCCCUGUGGGAAGCCAUGGAGGCAGCGCCACUGGAUUCGGAUGAUGAGGAUCUGCAGCCGAGCGCGGAAGACGCCAUGCGAGAACUUGAAAUGGAAAAAUGCGAAUGAACGACGACCAUGCCAAAACAACACCAUGUAAAUUCAAUCCAUGUCGUUUAUUAUUAUACAUUUCUGUUUGUUUGUUCGCUGUACAUUGUAAAACGUAGCUUUGCAUUUAAAAUUGACAAAACUUAUUUAUAAAACUAAAAUAUUUAAAUCAUAAUUCUAGCUGCAUAUUUUACUCAUAAUUCGAAGCACACGUCACAUGAACACAAUCCCGGCUACUCUAGUUGCGAUGAGUAUAAUCUGUCCUUUUUGCCAGUGAAUGCUACUGGUGCUGAAAACAAACCCGUUAAAAAUG